GGGAGAGGAGAGAAGAAAGCUGAACAACAGUAUCUUCCAAGCCCGACUACAUUUCUGCGUUUGAGCAUUUCUAGAAAAAAGAGUGGGUGGGAGCAGGACCUGAGUAAAGUCCUCAGAGGCUUCGACUGUGACGUACAGGAAAGCCUCAAGUGGGCGGAGAAAUGUAAAUCUCUUUAUUGAAGGAGCAGGGGCACCAGCAACUUCAGCCCAGAGAGUAAGUGUGGUGAGUGCUACUCAGUCAGUCAUCUGGCCUGUGCACAGACUGCGAUCAGAGCCAAGGGAGAGAGAGACAGACAGAACGGAAUUAUGUCUCAGUGGAAUCAAGUUCAACAACUGGAAAUCAAGUUUUUGGAGCAAGUAGAUCAAUUCUACGAUGAUACUUUCCCCAUGGAAGUUCGACAUCUCCUGGCCCAGUGGAUUGAAGGCCAGGAUUGGGAAGCAGCUUCUAAUAAUGAGACCAUGGCAACGAUACUCUUACAAAACCUGCUACUGCAACUGGAUGAGCAGCUGGGUCGAGUUGCCCAAGAGAAGAACCUGCUCUUGAUACAUAAUUUAAAAAGAAUCAGGAAACUGCUUCAGGGGAAAUACCAUGGAAAUCCUAUGCACAUAGCAGUAGUUAUUUCCAAUUGUUUAAGAGAAGAAAGAAGAAUAUUGGCUGCAGCCAGCAUGCCUGUACAGGGACCCCUGGAAAAGUCUUUGCAGAGCUCUGUGGUUUCAGAAAGGCAGAGAAAUGUGGAACACAAAGUGGCUGCCAUCAAAAAUAGUGUACAGAUGACAGACCAAGAUGUCAAGUAUUUAGAAGACCUGCAAGAUGAAUUUGACUACAGAUAUAAAACAAUACAGACCAUAGAUCAAGGUGACAAAAACAGCGUUCUCGUGAAGCAGGAAGUUUUGACAUUGCAAGAUAUGCUCAAUACACUAGACUUCAAAAGAAAGGAAGUCCUCAGCAAAAUAACACAAAUAAUAAGUGAAAUUGACACCUUGAUGAAGAACAUGCUUCUAGAGGAGCUGCUUGAUUGGAAGAGACGUCAGCAAAUUGCCUGCAUUGGUGGUCCAUUGCACAGUGGCCUUGAUCAACUUCAAAACUGUUUUACCCUGUUGGCAGAAAGUCUUUUCCAAGUCAGAAGGCAGAUGGAAAAGCUAGAUGAGCAAUCCACCAAAGUGUCAUAUGAAGGUGAUCCUAUUCCAUUGCAAAGGCCUCAUUUGCAAGAGCAAGUCAACUUCUUGAUCUACAACCUUUUCCGAAACUCAUUUGUGGUCGAACGACAGCCAUGCAUGCCAACUCACCCCCAGAGACCACUGGUACUUAAAACCCUCAUACAAUUCACUGUGAAACUAAGACUUCUGAUUAAAUUGCCUGAACUAAACUAUCAGAUAAAAGUUAAAGCAACUAUUGACAAGAACGUUUCAACUGUAAGCAACCGUAGGUUCAUCCUUUGUGGAACACAUGUCAAAGCCAUGAACAUGGAAGAAUCUUCCAAUGGUAGUCUCUCAGUGGAAUUUCGACACUUGCAACCAAAGGAAAUGAAGUCCAGCGCUGGAGGCAAAGGAAAUGAGGGUCCUCACAUGGUAACUGAAGAGCUUCAUUCUAUAAGUUUUGAAACACAGAUUUGCCUGUAUGGUUUGACCAUAGAUUUGGAGACAAAUUCAUUACCUGUUGUGAUGAUUUCCAAUGUUAGUCAAUUACCUAAUGCUUGGGCUUCUAUAAUUUGGUACAAUUUAUCAACCAAUGACUCUCAGAACUUGGUUUUCUUUAAUAACCCUCCAACGGCUGCUUUGAAUCAGUUGUUAGAAGUGCUGAGCUGGCAAUUUUCAUCAUAUGUUGGACGAGGUCUCAACUCAGACCAACUCAGUAUGUUGGCUGAGAAACUCACAGUGCAACAAACUAGCUACAAUGAUGGUCAACUCUCUUGGGCCAAGUUCUGCAAGGAACACUUACCUGGCAAGGCAUUUACCUUUUGGGUAUGGCUUGAAGCAAUCCUGGAUUUAAUAAAAAAGCACAUUCUUCCUCUUUGGAUUGACGGGUAUAUAAUGGGCUUUGUAAGCAAGGAGAAAGAGCGAGUCUUGCUGAAGGAUAAGAUGCCAGGAACAUUUUUAUUAAGAUUCAGUGAAAGCAACCUUGGAGGUAUUACCUUUACGUGGGUGGACCAGUCAGAAAAUGGAGAAGUUAGAUUCCAUUCCGUAGAGCCCUACAAUAAAGGCCGUUUAGCGGCUCUGCCAUUUGCUGACAUUCUUCGAGACUACAAAGUUAUUAUGGCUGAAAAUGUCCCUGAAAACCCACUGAAGUAUUUAUAUCCUGACAUUCCCAAAGAUAAAGCAUUUGGUAAACACUACAGCUCUCAGCCAAAUGAAGUUUCAAGACCCACUGAGAGAGGUGACAAGGGUUAUGUUCCCUCUGUAUUUAUUCCUAUCUCAACAAUCCGAAGUGAUUCUACUGAGCCACGCUCUCCAUCAGACCUUCUUCCCAUGUCUCCAAGUGUAUACGCAGUGCUGAGAGAACACCUGAGCCCCACCGUCAUUGAAACUGCUAUGAGCUCUCCAUGUUCUGCUGACUGAUGAGAUACUCUUCAGUGCCUAAAAGAAAAAGGAAAUUUUAAAAAUGUAUCUAUAUGUAUUUUUUUCAAUAGGAACUAAAUAGGAAUUUUACAGUUCCAUAAGUAAAGGUUUCCUGGAAGUGGCUAAGGUACAGAGCUCCCCUUAUUAAGAUGGCCCCCAAUUUGGGAGCAGCACACUUGAAAUUUUGAAAAAAACAAACUUCAGAUGAGCAAAUGAGAUGAGACAAUUUUAAGAAACCAGGAUGUUAACACUGUAAGCUGUUCUCAGUGUAGUUUUGUAUGCCAUCCACUUAUUUCUGCUUCUUAUUUCUUUCAUCAACCAAUCAGCAUUUCUUUUUUUGUAAAUAGUAUUUUAUU